CCGGAAGCUGCGUGGUGCACCAGCUGCGCCGCCGCCGCUGGGGGCGGGCGCCAGGUACGCGGGGGAAGACCGGACGGCGCAGCCCAGCCAUUUGACUUGGACUUCUAACUUUGAAAUAUGCUGGAGUCCUAUGUUACUCCAAUUUUAAUGAGCUAUGUGAAUCGCUAUAUCAAGAAUUUAAAGCCUUCGGACCUACAGCUUUCGCUAUGGGGUGGAGACGUGGUUCUCAGCAAACUCGAGUUAAAGUUAGAUGUGCUGGAGCAGGAGUUGAAAUUACCAUUCACUUUUUUAAGUGGACAUAUUCAUGAAUUGAGGAUUCAUGUACCAUGGACAAAACUGGGUUCAGAACCAGUAGUAAUUACCAUCAAUACAAUGGAAUGCAUUUUGAAACUUAAAGAUGUAAUACAGGAUGAUCAUGACAGUUGUGGGUCUAAUUCUACUAAUCGUAGUACUACUGAGAAUACAAAAUCAUCACUAAAACCCCGAAGAAUUCAGCAGACUGCUCCUACAGAUCCUGAUUUACCACCAGGAUAUGUGCAGAGUCUGAUUAGAAGAGUUGUAAAUAAUGUAAACAUUGUUAUAAAUAAUCUCAUACUAAAAUAUGUUGAAGAUGAUAUUGUCCUUUCAGUCAACAUCACUUCUGCAGAAUGCUAUACAGUAGGUGAAUUAUGGGAUCGUGCAUUUAUGGAUAUUUCUGCAACUGAUCUGGUGCUGAGAAAAGUUAUCAAUUUUUCUGACUGUACAGUUUGUCUUGAUAAACGAAAUGCCAGUGGUAAAAUAGAAUUUUACCAAGAUCCUUUAUUGUAUAAAUGUUCCUUCAGAACUCGUCUGCAUUUUACAUAUGAUAAUCUAAAUUCCAAGAUGCCGUCUGUUAUUAAAAUUCAUACCUUGGUGGAAAGUUUGAAACUUUCUAUCACAGAUCAACAGCUGCCUAUGUUUAUCCGAAUAAUGCAACUUGGAAUUGCUCUUUACUAUGGAGAAAUAGGCAGUUUUAAAGAUGGUGAAACAGAGGACCCUACCUGUCAUAAUAAAGAUAUGUUAGGAAACAUUACAGGUGCUGAAGAUGAAACAAGAAUAGAUAUACAGUUCCCUGCUCAAUACAAAGGCCAAGAGUUGUAUUCACAGCAAGAUGAUGAGCAGCCACAGGGAUGGGUGUCUUGGGCGUGGUCAUUUGUGCCUGCGAUUGUGAGUUACGAUGAUGGCGAAGAAGAUUACCUUGCGGAUGAUCCUGCAUCAACCCUGCAUCAGCAGAAAGCACUAACUUUGAAGGAUCCUAUUGUUUCUGUAGGAUUUUAUUGCACAAAGGCAACUGUGACUUUUAAACUCACUGAAAUGCAAGCUGAGAGUAGUUAUUAUAGUCCUCAAAAAGUAAAGUCUAAAGAAGUGUUAUGCUGGGAACAAGAAGGAACUACAAUUGAGGCCCUUAUGAUGGGAGAGCCUUUCUUUGACUGCCAGAUUGGGUUUGUAGGUUGCAGAGCCAUGUGUUUUAAAGGAAUUAUGGGUGUUAAAGAUUUUGAAGAGAAUAUGAAUAGAAGUGAAACUGAAGCCUGUUUUUUCAUCUGUGGUGAGAAUUUAAGUACCAAAGGUUUGACUUACCUUACAAAUUCAUUGUUUGAUUAUAGAAGCCCAGAAAAUAAUGGUACUCGUGCAGAAUUUAUCUUGGAUGCAGCUCAUCAUAAGGAGACAUACACAGAGAUAGCUGGAAUGCAAAGGUUUGGGGCUUUUUACAUGGAUUACCUGUAUACAAUGGAGAAUACUAGUGGCAAAGGUUCUGCAAAUCAACAAGACUUUUCUUCAGGGAAAAAUGAAGAUUGGGGAACAGUUCAAGAGAAGUCUACAAAAACCCUUGUUCUAGGUCCGCUUGAUUUUCGCUUGGACAGCAGUGCAGUACAUAGGAUUUUGAAAAUGAUUGUUUGCGCCUUGGAGCAUGAAUAUGAGCCUUAUAGUAGGCUAAAAUCAGAAAUUAAGGAUCAAAAUGAAACAAUAUUGAAUCCUGAAGAAUUGGCAUCUCUAGAAGAAUAUAUUCCUACUCGACAUACAAGUGUUACUCUUCUCAAAUGUACCUUCACAGUUUCCAUGGCUGAAUUCAAUUUACUAGAUCAUUUACUUCCUAUCAUCAUGAGGGAGAAGAAUUCAAGUAACUUCACGAAUACUACAAAUUUCCAAUAUCUUCGGCCUUUGCCAUCCAUUCAGAUAUUGGUGGAUAAAAUUAAUCUGGAACAUUCUGUCCCAAUGUAUGCUGAACAGUUGGUGCAUGUGGUCAGCAGCCUUAAUCAGCCUUCUGAUAACCUGCUUCAUUAUUGCUACGUACACUGUUAUCUUAAGAUAUUUGGCUUUCAAGCAGGACUGACAUCUUUGGAUUGUAGUGGAUCUUACUGCAUACCUGUGCCAAUUAUUCCCUCCUUUAGCACUGCUCUGUAUGGUAAAUUACUAAAACUUCCCACUUGUUGGUAAUUCUGUUUAACGAAGAAAAGCCAGAUAUCCUUUGUAAACGGACUCAGUGAUCUGCCUUCUCUAACUCUGACUGCAUCGUCCUCUUAUCUGUGAGACAUAUUACUUGAAAUGAUAUACAGUACAUGGUCUCACUAUGGAGCUCGGACUCCUAGUGAUCUAAUGACCCUGUUACUGAACUAUAUUUUUCUUUUAUUAGGUGUGAAAUCUAAGAAUCCCCUGCCAACUCUUGAGGGCUCAAUCCAGAAUGUUGAAUUGAAGUACUGCAGCACAUCAUUGGUCAAAUGUGCCUCUGGGACCAUGGGAUCAAUAAAAAUUUGUGCCAAAGCCCCAGGUGACAGUGGAAAGGAGAAAUUGGUUCCCUUGCUUCAAGGUCCUUCUGACACUAAAGACCUUCAUAGUACCAAGUGGCUCAAUGAGAGUAGAAAGCCAGAAUCUCUUUUAGCUCCAGAUUUGAUAGCCUUUACAAUCCAAAUUCCACAAUAUAUGGACUAUUGCCACAAUUCUGGUGCAGUACUUCUUUGCAGUGUGCAAGGAUUCGCCAUUAAUAUUGACCCAAUCAUAUACACAUGGCUCAUCUACCAGCCUCUCAAACGAACAAGCAGACAUAUACAACAGCCUGUGGUAUCUGUACCUCUUGUUACACCAAUUAACAAAAGGAAGGAGGAUGAACUCUCGGUUGGAAGUGCACCAUUGGCAAAGCCACAGUCUUAUCAGGCCUCUGAAUAUGCCAGCAGCCCUAUAAAGACAAAAACACUAACAGAAUCCCGACCACUGUCUAUUCCUGUGAAAGCUAUGAUGAAUAUAUCUGACAGCAGUAGAAGUCCUGAAGAAAGAAUGAAAGAGUUUAUUGGAAUAGUAUGGAGUGCAGUAAAGAGUCUAACAGUACAGCUGGAUGUACAGUCUUGUUGUGUAUUCAUUCCGAAUGAUAGUCUGCCUUCCCCAAGUACAAUUGUAUCUGGUGACAUUGCUGGAACAGUAAGAAGUUGGUACCAUGGACAAACCAGCAUGCCAGGAACACUUGUUCUCUGUUUACCUCAAAUAAAGAUUAUUAGUGCUGGUCACAAGUACAUGGAACCUCUGCAAGAAAUCCCGUUUGUCAUCCCACGACCCAUUCUUGAAGAAGGUGAUGCUUUUCCUUGGACCAUCAGCCUACAUCAUUUCAGCAUAUAUACCCUUCUUGGAAAGCAAAUGACACUUUGCCUAGUUGAACCUAUGGGUUGUACCUCUACUCUAGCUGUCACAUCUCAAAAACUAAUUGCUACAGGACCGGAUGCAAGACAUUCAUUUGUUGUCUGUCUCCAUGUUGACCUAGAGUCCCUGGAAAUAAAAUGCUCUAAUCCCCAGGUUCAGCUCUUUUAUGAACUAGCUGAUACAAUGAAUAAGGUCUGGAAUAAAAUUCAGAAGAAAGGCUAUCUGAGUACAUCCUCAACCUAUUCAGAGACUGUGACAGGCCCUGUCCCCAGUUCUCCAGUUCGAAGCAGUGUAGGCACGGUUCCUCCAGAUGCUAGCACAUGCAGCCCAUCUGCUGAUAUUGGAACUACUACUGAGGGUGAUUCUAUACAAGCAGGUGAUGACUCACCAUUUUCAGAUUCUGUUACUUUGGAACAAACUACAAAUAACAUUGGUGGAUCCAGUGGACGUGUUAGUCUCUGGAUGCAAUGGGUACUCCCAAAAAUUACAAUAAAGCUUUUUGCUCCAGACCCUGAAAAUAAAGGCACAGAGGUUUGUAUGGUCAGUGAACUAGAAGAUCUCAGUGCUUCCAUAGAUGUGCAAGAUGUAUAUACCAAAGUGAAAUGUAAAAUAGAGAGUUUCAAUAUUGAUCACUAUAGAAGCAGGCCAGGGGAAGGUUGGCAGUCAGGACAUUUUGAAGGAAUAUUUCUACAGUGCAAAGAAAAACCUGUGACAACAACAAAACUUCUAGAUGGCUCUCAUCAGCAGCAUGGAUUUUUAUCUCUGACAUACACAAAAGCAGUAACAAAAAAUGUCCGCCACAAGUUAACCUCAAGAAAUGAACGACGAAGUUUUCAUAAGUUAUCUGAAGGUUUAUUGGAUGGUUCUCCUCAUUUUCUUCAUGAAAUUCUUCUUUCAGCACAAGCCUUUGAUAUUGUCCUUUAUUUUCCUUUACUUAAUGCCAUUGCAAGUAUAUUUCAAACAAAACCACCAAGACAAAAAGAGAAAAGAAAAUCUCCAGGUCAGCCCACAAGAACCCAUACACUGACUUCACGCAAUUUACCUUUGAUUUAUAUCAACGCCAGUGUGAUCAGAAUUUUUGUUCCAAAAGCAGAAGAAAUGCAGUCAACUGUUGGAGUGAAUCAGGCAGCAAAGGAAGACACCAUGGUUUUGAAGAUUGGCUCUGUUGCCAUGGCUCCCCAGGCUGAUAAUCCCCUUGGCAGAUCUGUUCUCAGGAAAGACAUUUACCAGAGAGCAAUGAAUUUGGGAAUUCUUCGAGAUCCUGGAUCAGAAAUUGAAGAUAGACAAUACCAAAUAGAUCUGCAGUCCAUCAACAUUGGUACUGCUCAGUGGGAUCAACUAAAACCAGAGAAAGAAAGUGCAGCAGGAGGGGUGCUAACAGAGAGUGAAAGGAAUUCUCAAAAUCCAGCUCUUGAGUGGAAUAUGGCGAGUAGCAUACGACGACAUCAGGAAAGGAGAGCAAUUCUGACCCCCAUGUUGACAGAUUUUUCUGUCCGAAUAACUGGAGCACCUGCCAUCAUUUUCACCAAAAUUAUUUCUCCAGAAAAUCUGCAUACUGAGGAAAUUUUAGUGUGUGGCCAUUCCUUGGAAGUGAAUGUAACCACAAACCUGGAUUUCUUCCUAAGUGUGGCUCAAGUUCAACUCUUACAUCAGUUGAUAGUAGCAAAUAUGACCGGACUGGAGCCAUCAUACAAGCUCACAGAGAGCUCUAAACAAGAACUGAAAAAAGUGGAUACAUUUGAUGGAGGUGUGGCCGAAACCUCGUCUCGAUACAGUGGUGCUCAGGAUAGUGGAAUUGGCAGUGACAGCGUUAAAAUCAGAAUAGUGCAAAUAGAACAGCAGAGUGGUGCCAGUCAGCACCGUAUUGCCCGUCCCUCUCACCAGUCGUCAAUUGUAAAGAAUCUAAAUUUUAUUCCCUUUGACAUAUUUAUUACUGCAAGUAGAAUCUCUCUAAUGACUUAUUCGUCUAUGGCCUUGCCUAAAUUGAAAUCACAAGAACAGAAAGAAGAUGAAAAAACAGAUAAGAGUUCAUUAAAUCUCUCAGAAGUUGAUUCAUGUGUUGCUAAGACCAAUCAGCCAUGUAUUUCUACAGUGACAGCAGAAAAUCUCUUGAGCAGUGGCACAUCUUUGACAGCAGGGAGAAAAAUAGGAGUUCUAUCUCUUGAAAGUCUUCAUGCAUCCAAGAGGUCAUCUGCAAGACAAGCACUUGGCAUAACUAUCGUUCGGCAGCCUGGUCGAAGAGGAACAGGUGACUCACAGCUAGAACCAUUUCUUUAUUUCAUUGUGUCCCAGCCUUCCCUGCUUCUGAGUUGUCACCACAGAAAGCAGCGAGUGGAAAUAUCCAUUUUUGAUGCUGUGCUUAAAGGAGUAGCCUCUGAUUACAAAUGUACAGAUCCUGGGAAGACACUGCCUGAAGGCCUUGAUUACAGCACUGUAUGGCUACAGACAGUACCUGGAGAAACAGACAGUAAGAGUGGUAUACCACCUUCCCUUGUAACACUACAAAUUAAAGACUUCCUUAAUGGACCAGCGGACAUCAGCCUGGAUAUAUCAAAGCCUUUGAAAAUGAACCUGAGUUUUACCAAACUGGAUCAGAUAAACCACUUUUUAAAGAAGAUCAAAAAUGCACACACCUUUGCACCUCUCAAAGAAACUUCAGCCCUAUCAUACACCAUGUUGAAUAAAGAUGAGCAUCCAGUCUACAACCUCCAUGGGAAGUUGUCUAAACCCAAAGUUCAUGGUGAUAGAGUGCAAAAGAUUUCAUUUCAAGAAAACAUGUGGAGAGCCAUUUCCUACUUUCAAAAAAUUUCUGUCCAUACUACUCAGAUUGUGGUCUCCAUGGAACCUGUGCCUCAUCCUAACAAACCAUGCCUGUUAGCAUCACUGUCAAACUUCAACGGAAGUCUUAGUGUCAAAGCUGCACAAAAAGUACCUGGCAUAAUUCUUGGAUCAUCAUUUCUACUCAGCUUAAAUGAUUUUCUGCUUAAAACAAGUCUCAAAGAAAAAAGUCGGAUUUUGAUAGGACCAUUUUGUGGUACUGCCAGUCUGGAAGCUAAUUGGUGUAAACACAGUGGCAAUCAAAGCCCAGACCAGUCUCUACCAAAAAUAUCCAUCGAUCUAAGAGGAGGUCUGCUACAGGUCUUCUGGGGUCAAGAACAUUUGAAUUGUUUAGUUCUUCUACAUGAAUUACUCAGUGGAUAUCUUAAUGAGGAAGGAAAUUUUGAAGCACAAGUUUCUGAAUCAGUGUCUCAAAUGCCAUCUAUGGAAAAAAAUCAAGCAUUUAAAAUUGAACAAACUUCAGAUGAUCUACGGACAGGUCUUUUUCAGUAUAUACAAGAUGCUGAACCUCUGAAAUUGCCUGGUGUCUAUGAAGUCUUCUUUUACAAUGAAACUGAAGAUAGCCCUGGAAUGAUGUUAUGGAGGUAUCCAGAACCUAGAGUGCUCACCCUUGUACGAAUAACUCCAGUGCCUUUCAACACCACAGAGGACCCAGAUAUUAGCACAGCAGACCUAGGUGAUGUGCUACAGGUUCCUUGUAGUUUGGAGUACUGGGAUGAAAUCCAGAAAAGUUUUGUGGCUUUUCGUGAAUUCAGUCUAUCUGAAAGCAAAGUUUGCGGACUGCAGUUACCAGAUGUCAAUCUUGUGAAUGACCAAAAGAAACUGGUAUCUUCAGAUCUUUGGAGAAUUGUCUUGAACAGCAAUCAAAAUGGAGCUGAUGACCAGAGCUCUGCAAGUGAAUCUGGUUCUCAAAGCACAUGUGAUCCACUUAUAACUCCAACAGCCUUGGCUGCCUGUACCAGAGUCGACUCCUGUUUUACCCCAUGGUUUGUCCCAUCUUUUUGCAUGUCCUUUCAGUUCGCUCACCUGGAAUUCCAUCUGUGUCAUCACCUUGACCAACUAGGCACAGCUUUGCCACAGUAUUUACAGCCAUUCAUUUCUGACAGAAAUGUGCCAUCUGAAAUAGAAUACAUGAUUAUUUCCUUCAGAGAACCACACAUGUAUCUUCGACAGUGGAAUAAUGGUUCUGUCUGCCAGGAAAUUCGGUUCUCAGCUCAAGCCGACUGUAAACUUUUAGAGUGCAGAAAUGUUACAAUGCAAACUGUGGUAAAACCCUUUAGCAUCUCCGGACAGAUUGAAGUUUCCAGCAAUGCGGGGGGAAGGCUGCUUGAGUGCACCGUAAGAGUGGAUUCUGUGUCUGCAAACUUCGGACAGCAUGUAGUUCAUUCUUUGAACACUGCGAUACAAGCUUGGCAGCAGAACAAAUGCCCUGAGGUGGAAGAGUUGGUCUUCAGCCACUUUGUGAUCUGUAAUGACACACAGGAGACACUGCGGUUUGGCCAGGUGGAUACCGAUGAAAAUAUUCUCCUGGCGAGUCUCCAUAGUCACCAGUACAGCUGGCGCUCUCACAAAUCCCCACAGCUGUUACACAUCUGUAUUGAAGGUUGGGGCAAUUGGCGUUGGUCAGAACCCUUCAAUGUGGACCAUGCUGGGACAUUUAUUAGAACAAUUCAGUACAAGGGUCGCACUGCUUCACUCAUCAUCAAGGUUCAGCGACUCAGUGGAGUGCAAAAACAGAUUAUCAUUUGUGGAAGACAGAUCAUCUGUAGUUACUUAUCGGAAAGCAUAGAACUAAAAGUUGUUCAGCAUUACAUUGGUCAAGAUGGACAUGCCGUGGUUCGAGAACAUUUUGACUGCCUUACACCCAAACAGAAAUUACCUUCAUACAUAUUGGAAAACAGUGAACUGACAGAGUUGUGUGUGAAGGCCAAAGGAGAUGAGGACUGGUCAAGAGAUGUGUGCCUGGAAUCCAAAGCUGCUGAGUAUAGUAUAGUCAUCCAGGUGCCAUCUUCAAACAGCUCCAUUAUUUAUGUCUGGUGUACAGUUUUGACUUUAGAACCCAACUCUCAAGUGCAACAACGAAUGAUUGUGUUCAGCCCUCUUUUUAUCAUGAGGAGUCAUCUUCCAGACCCCAUUAUCAUACAUUUGGAGAAAAGGAGUCUAGGAUUGAGUGAAACACAGAUUAUUCCAGGAAAAGGGCAGGAAAAGCCACUACAAAACAUAGAACCUGACCUUGUACAUCACCUCACAUUUCAAGCAAGGGAAGAAUAUGAUCCUUCAGAUUGUGCUGUUCCCAUCUCAACAGCCCUCAUUAGGCAGAUAGCCACUAAGAUACUCCCUGGAGGCACAGUUAAUCAGAUCCUUGAUGACUUUUAUGGGCCAGAAAAAUCACUUGAGCCCAGGUGGCCUUAUAAUAAGAAGGAUUCCAACAGGAAUGAACAGCUGAGUCAGUGGGAUAGCCCAAUGCGAGUGAAGCUGUCAAUCUGGAAACCAUAUGUUAGAACCUUGUUGAUAGAACUUCUACCCUGGGCCCUGCUUAUCAAUCAGUCUGAGUGGGACCUCUGGCUGUUUGAAGGAGAGAAGAUUGUUUUACAAGUUCCUGCUGGCAAAAUUAUUAUUCCUCCUAAUUUUCAGGAAGCUUUUCAAAUUGGGAUAUACUGGGCAAAUACAAAUACUGUGCACAAGUCAGUAGCAAUUAAAAUGGUUCAUAACCUGACAUCUCCAAAGUGGAAAGAUGGAGGUAAUGGUGAAGUUGUAACAUUGGAUGAAGAAGCAUUUGUUGAUGUUGAAAUAAGACUUGGUGCUUUUGGACAACAAAAGCUGUGUCAGUUCUGCAUUUCUUCGAUGGUACAGCAAGGCAUACAGAUUAUUCAGAUUGAAGAUAAGACUACAAUAAUCAAUAAUACACCGUAUCACAUAUUUUACAAACCACAAUUAUCUGUCUCCAAUCUGCAUUCUGGAAAGGAGGAUUUUCAUGUUCCAGACAGUUCUACUUUCAGCAUUUGCCCAGGGAAAGAGCAGUCUGCUGUGAAAUCCAGCUCCCUUCCUUGCUGGGACUUAAUGCCUGACAUCGGGCCAUCUGUGUUGGAUGCAUCACUGCUUCAGAAGCAGAUCUUGCUGGCAUUUUCUCCUGCUGCAGGUGCUGACAGCUCACAGUGCUGGAGCCUACCAGCUAUAGUGAGACAAGAGUUUCCCAGACAGAGCGUGGCAGUGCCCUUUGGGAACUUUAGGGAAAAUGGAUUCUGCACCAGGGCUCUAGCACUGACGUAUCAAGAGUACUUGGGAGUGACUUACUUAACACUCUCAGAAGACCCCAGUCCUCGACUAAUUGUGCACAACAGAUGUCCAGUGGCAGUGCUUGUAAAGGAAAAUAUUAAAGAAAUUCCAAAAUUUGAGGUUUAUUGCAGAAAAAUUCCUUCUGAGAGCUCAGUUCAUCAUGAGCUGUAUCAUCAGAUUUCCAGUUACCCAGACUGCAAGACCAAAGACUUACUUCCUAGUCUCUUUUUGCGAGUGGACCUGCUGGAUGCAGUAACCACUGAGUGGAGUGAUGCCAUCGACAUCAACAGUCAGGGAACACAGGUUGUGUUCCUUACUGGCUUUGGCUAUGUGUAUGUGGACAUUGUCCAUCAGUGUGGCACAGUAUUCAUCACUGUGGCCCCAGAAGGAAAAGCAGAACCUAUUUUAACCCAUACUAACAGAACUCUGGAGAAGAUGAUCAUCUUUAACGUAUUUGUCACUCAGUUCAGCCUGGCAGUGUCCGAUGACCUCACCCACCACAGAGCAUCAUCUGAGCUUCUGAGGCUCACUCUGGACAAUGUUUAUCUGCACAUGGCACCUGUGACUGGUGCCUUUCCUGGAGAAGAGCCUGCUGUGGCACUCUUCCAUCUUUACACUAUGGAGAUCUGCUGUGGGGACCUGCAGUUAGACAACCAGCUAUAUAACAAGUCCAAUUUCCACUUUGCUGUCUUGGUCUGUCAGGGAGAAAAAGCAGACCCUACCCAGUGUCUAAGAGUUUCCAGUCUCUUUCUCUCAAAUAGAGAUUUGGAAAAAUACAAGGAGAAUUGCUUUAUCAAACUUUGCAUCACUUUAACUGAGGGCAAGAGCUUCCUACUUAAUGUCAGCGAGCUCAGUUUUGAGCUGAAACCUGCCCGGUUAUAUGUGGAAGACACAUUUGUGUACUACAUCAAAACUUUGUUUGACACCUACCUUCCUCACAGCAAGCCAACUAAUCACACCUCACAAUUCUGUCACGGUGCCCAGGUGUUGCCCCUGCAGGUGAGACAACACGCUAGGGCCUUGGUAAACCCAGUGAAGUUACGGAAACUGGUGAUACAGCCAGUGAAUCUACUCGUCAGCAUCCAUGCUUCCCUCAAGCUGUACAUAGCCUCGGACCACACUCCUCUCUCCUUCUCUGUAUUUGAAAGAGGACCCAUCUUCACCACCCCAAGGCAGCUCGUGCAUGCCCUGGCCAUGCACUACGCCGCAGGAGCUCUUUUUAGAGCAGGCUGGGUGGUUGGGUCCCUGGAGAUCCUUGGUAGUCCUGCGAGCCUGGUGCGAAGUGUGGGGACCGGCAUUGCUGACUUCUUCAGACUGCCCUAUGAGGGGCUGACCCGAGGCCCCGGCGCCUUUGUGAGCGGCGUUUCCCGAGGGACGACAUCCUUUGUGAAGCACAUUUCCAAAGGUACCCUCACAUCCAUCACCAACCUGGCCACCAGCCUAGCCCGGAACAUGGACCGGCUCUCACUGGAUGAGGAGCACUACAACCGCCAGGAGGAGUGGCGGCGGCAGCUCCCCGAGAGCCUAGGCGAGGGACUACGACAGGGCCUCUCCCGGCUGGGCAUCAGCCUGCUCGGUGCAAUUGCUGGAAUAGUCGAUCAGCCGAUGCAGAACUUCCAGAAGACGUCCGAGGCCCAGGCUUCAGCAGGACACAAGGCCAAGGGCGUUAUCUCGGGUGUGGGGAAAGGAAUCAUGGGGGUGUUCACAAAGCCCAUUGGAGGAGCUGCUGAGCUUGUGUCACAGACUGGCUACGGUAUUUUACAUGGAGCUGGACUUUCUCAGCUUCCCAAACAGCGCUAUCAGCCAAGUGAUCGACCCGCUGACCAGGCUCCAAACAGCCAUGUCAAAUAUGUCUGGAAAAUGCUCCAGUCUCUGGGCAGACCAGAAGUCCACAUGGCCCUGGAUGUGAUGCUGGUGAGGGGCUCAGGCCAGGAGUAUGAAGGGUGCUUGCUCCUGACAUCAGAGGUGCUCUUCGUGGUGAGCGUUAGUGAGGACACACAGCAGCAGGCCUUCCCUGUUACUGAAAUCGAAUGUGCACAGGACAGCAAGCAGAAGCACCUGCUCACCGUGCAGCUCAAGCAGCCAAGAGUGGCCUGCGAUGUGGAGGUGGAUGGAGUCCGAGAGAGACUGUCAGAGCAACAAUACAACAGACUUGUGGACUACAUUGCAAAGACAUCUUGUCACCUGGCCCCCAGCUGCUCUUCCACACAAACACCGUGCCCAGUGGUGGCUGUGGAACCUCCCUCCUCCACUGUUAAAGAGUACCAUUAUUUGGCUGACCCACACUUUGCUCAGGUCUUCAUUAGUAAAUUUACCAUGGUAAAGAAUAAAGCCCUGAGGAGAGGGUUCCCAUGAGUCCCCACUAAGGUUUGGAUUUCUAAUUAUGCCAUUUUUUGAAACAAGCAACUUAGUAUUACUCUAACAUUCAACAUGGACCCAAAAAGGCCAACACUCUUCUAGUUAUAAUUUACUAGCCACUUAUACAAUUAUUAAAUUCUUACCCAAAUUUUCCCCCCAAAAUUAUAUUAAGAUGGGCCAAAAUGUUCCGUCCCAUUAGGAAACAACGGAAUCUUGUAUAUGCUGUAUUUCGACCAAAAAUGCAUCCCUUUUGCUCUACCAUACCAAAUUUCCAUACUAUAGCUGUUACUGCUCUAAUACAAAAAGUGAUUAGUCCUUACAGUGCAGAGAAGAGUUAAAAGCUUUAUUUCCAGUUGCAUCCAUUGGGAGGAGGCUGAGAAACCGCAGCCUAAUAGGUCAUGUCUACUAAGUUUGGAUUCUUGAAGUGCUUAGGGUCCUGUUGCUUGUCCCUUAGCUGCUAUAAUGCUGUUCUUUAGCAAAAACUGCUAUGUACUUGCCCUCCCAAAUCUGUAUUGUAUUAAAAGUAGUGUACAUCUUA